AAAAACCCACGCAACCCUAAUUCCUCCAUCUCCUUUUCUUUCUCUUUCUCACUACACAGCGUCUCUUUCUCUCUCCUCCACAACGCCGCCGCGAGAUCCCCGUCUCCUCCUCGAGGAUUUCAAGUCAGCCAUGGCUGGUGGAGAGGCAAAAAAGCCUAAUGCCGGGGGGAAGAAGAAGGAGGUUAAGAAAGAAACUGGAUUGGGACUUACCAACAAGAAAGAUGAGAACUUUGGAGAAUGGUACUCUGAGGUAGUUGUCAAUGGAGAAAUGAUCGAGUACUAUGAUAUUUCUGGCUGUUAUAUUCUCAGGCCCUGGACGAUGUCAAUCUGGGAGACCAUGCAAGAGUUUUUUGAUGCCGAGAUAAAGAAAAUGAAAGUAAAGAACUGCUACUUUCCUCUUUUCGUAUCUUCUACUGUCUUAGAGAAGGAGAAGGAUCACAUAGAAGGUUUUGCACCAGAGGUUGCUUGGGUUACUAGAUCUGGAAAAUCUGAAUUAGAGGUACCUGUAGCAAUUCGUCCUACUAGUGAGACUGUAAUGUAUCCCUAUUACUCAAAAUGGAUUAGGGGACACCGGGACCUUCCCUUGAGACUUAACCAGUGGUGUAAUGUUGUUCGGUGGGAAUUCAGCAAUCCCACUCCAUUUAUCAGGAGUCGGGAGUUUCUUUGGCAGGAAGGGCAUACUGCCUUUGCAACGAAGGAUGAAGCAGAUGAAGAGGUGCUUCAAAUUUUGGAAUUGUACAGACGUAUCUAUGAAGAAUUUUUGGCUAUUCCUGUUAUAAAGGGUAAGAAAAGUGAGUUGGAGAAAUUUGCUGGUGGACUUUACACCACUAGUGUUGAGGCAUAUAUUCCAAAUACCGGUCGCGGUGUACAAGGUGCAACUUCGCAUUGCCUAGGUCAAAAUUUUGCAAAAAUGUUUGAGAUAAGCUUUGAAAAUGAGAAGGGGGAGAAGGCUAUGGUUUGGCAGAACUCAUGGGCCUAUAGCACUCGGACGAUCGGGGUUAUGGUGAUGGUUCAUGGGGAUGACAAAGGCUUGGUGCUGCCACCUAAAGUUGCAUCUGUCCAAGUUAUUGUAGUUCCGGUUCCAUAUAAAGAUGCUAAUACUCAAGGUAUAUUCGAUGCCUGCACUGAAACUGUGAAUACCUUGAGCGAAGCAGGUAUACGUGCAGAGGCUGACUUCAGAGACAACUAUUCACCUGGUUGGAAGUACUCGCAUUGGGAAAUGAAAGGCGUUCCUCUAAGGAUUGAGAUAGGUCCAAAGGACUUGGCGAACAACCAGGUGCGUGCUGUUCGCCGUGACAAUUCAGCGAAAGUAGAUAUUCCUAGGGCAAGCUUGGUUGAGCAAGUAAAAGAACUUCUGGGCAACAUUCAACAGAACCUGUUUGAUGUUGCGAAACAAAAACGGGAUGCAUGCGUUGAGAUUGUUAAGACUUGGGAAGAAUUCAUCGCAGCACUCGGAAAGAAGAAAUUGAUCUUAGCUCCUUGGUGUGAUGAGGAGGAAGUGGAGAAAGAUGUGAAAGCAAGGACAAAGGGUGAGAUGGGAGCAGCUAAAACUCUAUGUUCUCCAUUUGACCAGCCAGAGCUUCCUGAAGGUACUCUGUGCUUUGCCUCGGGAAAGGCUGCAAAGAAGUGGACCUAUUGGGGCAGGAGCUACUAGUUGCCAAAUUUUGUUACCGUUUGCUCCACAGUUUUCUGUUCCCGAACUUCUUGUAGGGACAACACCGAAGUGUUUUUCUUGGAAAAACGAAUAAAUCAUACUAGAGGACUGAGAUGUGCCAAAUCCCACUUAUCUUUUUCACUCAACUCUCUAAUUCCUAUUUCGUUUCCGUUUGUUGCCAUACAAUUUUUUUUUUGGGUAGUACAUUUGUUGCGUUUCUUA